UACAUGUGAAUCAAUAAGGUCUUGAGAGCGCAGUGGGCACUAUAUUGUUGCAUUUUAAUGAUUUUUGUUUUAUGCAAAUCGAUGUGUGAAGUGGAUCUUCAAACAUUCCAUAAGAGAAUUACGACUCUCUUGCAAGUCGGUCGUCUCAAACUGCACGGGGAUUGCUCUGUUAGUGACUCAAAUAUUUUAAUAUAAAAAAGCAGCAUUGAAGUGCAGAAGUGAUUCAUUAAUAACGUUCAUCCAAGUUGCUACGGAACUAUUAUAAUUUAUAAGCUAUGCUAAUACUUUUAUCUGACCUCGUCACACCUUGAUUUAAGGAUUCUGUUCCACUUUUGUUUCAGAUCCGUAAGAUUAUUUGUGGAGUUAGCAAGCCGACUGUGCGACGAUUUUAUUCCGGUGACUACGAAUAUUUGCUGGUGAAUAUGUCGAGUGCUGUGAAAUUUGUAUUUGUGCUGUCUUUAUGGGCGGUGAUACAAUGUUCGCCUUAUGACGACGGGAAGUACCAUCCAAAGAAAUACAGAGUGUACGAUGAUGGAGGGUACUACAGGCCUUUGGAUGAAGGCAAGUAUAUUCCCGGGGAUGAAGGAAAGUACACAUACAUUUACCAACAAGGUUUAUACCCGGAGGAUGAUGGCGACUACAGAUACGUACACCAAGUUGGACCGAAUGGUGGAUUUGGGGGUAACGGCGGAUUUGGAGGUAAUGGUGGAUUUGGAGGAAAUGGGGGUUAUGGAGGAAAUGGAGGUUUUGGACCAAAUGGACCGAAUGGCCCCAAUGGACCCCGAGGCCCUAAAGGUCCUCCCGGCCCACCUGGCCCACCUGGCCCACCUGGCCCUGGUGGUCGAGCACCAAACCGUAUCGAUUACAUCGGUUCAAAGACCUAUGCUAACAGAUAUCCCUACAUUCAUAAAGUCAUCAAGGGUUUGGUAGAUAAAUAUGUGUCAGACGAGGCUGUUAACUUUGGAGAUGAAUUCGAAGGAAGCACAAACCAUUACAGAAAGGUAUAUGCUGAUAAGGAGAUUGCUGUGAAAUGCAGAUAUCUGGAACCAACUCAUAACCAGACGGAGUUUGUGACUCAAUAUCCUCCAACGCUGAAGCUCCCUCAUGGUGAAAAAUUCGGUUCCUACUACAGUUUCAGAGGCACCAAAGUCCUAAAUACUGUGAAAAAUUCUCUAACAAACAAAGUAAAGCUGGAGUACGAAGUAUUUGUAAGAGUUGUGGAUACAACUACAGAGUGCUUGGGUCUGCUGAGAGGUCUCAGCAGCUCUUUGAGCCCCGUGACGCUCGGCAUCAAUGACCUGGCGAGCUUGGGUCUGCUGAGAGGUCUCAGCAGCUCUUUGAGCCGCGUGACGCUCGGCAUCAAUUACUUGGCGAGCUUGGGUCUGCUGAGAGGUCUCAGCAGCUCUUUGAGCCGCGUGACGCUCGGCAUCAAUUACUUGGCGAGCUUGGGUCUGCUGAGAGGUCUCAGCAGCUCUUUGAGCCGCGUGACGCUCGGCAUCAAUUACUUGGCGAGCUUGGGUCUGCUGAGAGGUCUCAGCAGCUCUUUGAGCCGCGUGACGCUCGGCAUCAAUGACCUGGCGAGCUUGGGUCUGCUGAGAGGUCUCAGCAGCUCUUUGAGCCGCGUGACGCUCGGCAUCAAUUACUUGGCGAGCUUGGGUCUGCUGAGAGGUCUCAGCAGCUCUUUGAGCCGCGUGACGCUCGGCAUCAAUGACCUGGCGAGCUUGGGUCUGCUGAGAGGUCUCAGCAGCUCUUUGAGCCGCGUGACGCUCGGCAUCAAUGACCUGGCGAGCUUGGGUCUGCUGAGAGGUCUCAGCAGCUCUUUGAGCCGCGUGACGCUCGGCAUCAAUUACUUGGCGAGCUUGGGUCUGCUGAGGGGUCUCUGCAGCCCUUUGUGCAGCAUGACGAUCAGCUUCAUUGUCUUGGCCUUGAGUGCGGUCAGCUUUUCCCAAGCUGAUGUAAGUCAUGUGGUGAACGACGGUCGGUACCAUCCUGAACUCUACGGAGGCUACGAUGGGCGUUACCUGGCGGGAAGGAAUGGCAAGUACGGGUCGAUCUACAACGCGUAUCAACCACAGUACUAUCAGGCGCUAAGUCGUGAGCUUUUGACGCCCAUAGACAGCGUUGAACAACAGGCUUUGCCUACAUCAGCAGUGUCAUAUCGCACUCCAUUCGCCCCUGUGACUUACCGCCCGUUCGUGUACUCAACCCCGCAGCCGUUCGCUUUAAGCACCAAGGCUCCUAUAGUUUACCAGAAGUCUGUCACUGAGAAGACACCUGUAGUCUACCAGAAGUCUGUCUCCCAGAAGGCUCCUGCAGCUAUUUACCACAAGUCUGUCUCCGAUGCUGCUGCAACUAUCUUAAGAGAAGACAGGACCUACGAUGAAAACAAUUACCACUACGCCUACGAAACCAACAACGGCAUUGCCGCUGAAGAGUCCGGAAUUGUUGACGCUUCUCACAAUGGAGUCGGUGGAGGUACCAGGGUUAAGGGAUUCUACGAAUACAUAGGCGAUGACGGUCUUAAAUACAGAGUCGACUACAUCGCCGACGAGAAUGGUUUCAGAGCGAGCGGAGCUCAUCUGCCCAAAGCCCCUUAACCAAAUUAGUCAUAAUAAAUUAAAUACGACGUAAAAUAUUUCGAGAGCACAAAUUAAAAAAAAUUAAAGCAUC